AUGGCUCCUCAAGGAAACUCAUCAAGAAAAUCGUGGACAGACAUGAUAAAACAUCAAAAGGAACAGGAGACAUUAGUUGGUCUCACAAUCCCAUAUGAGCAGGGAACCUCAGAAAAAAUACGAAGAAUCGCAAGACCAUUGGGAGUAAGGACGGUAUUUUCUUCACGAAAUGCACUAAGAAGCAAUCUCUCAAAAACAAAACCACCACAAAACCAGACCAAAAAUGUGAUUUAUCAUAUCCCAUGUACUUGCGGAAAAGCAUACAUAAAAGAAACCAAGAUGCCACUAAACGUACAGAUAAAAGAACACAGAAAACACACAACAAAAGGAGAAACAACAAAAUCCGGUUUGGGGGAACAUGCCUGGAAAGAACACCACAACAUAUUAUGGGAGGACGCGAAAGUUUUAAACACAGAAAUACACUGGUAA